ACCACGUUGGAGGCGGAGCCUGAGACCGUCUGGUUCCGCUGCUCUGCGGUCGCGGUCGCCCGUAGGAUCGUCUGAUAUGAGGAGAAAUGUGAGAGCAAACACUCCGAUGAGGAAGUGAAAUGAUAACAUAACGGCGCCUCGACUAAAGCAUUUGCCUGUUUCUUCGCUCUCUGGAUUGCAAUGCCGCCGCUGCGAGUCUUCACCCUGCCGAGGCAACAGUCCCUGCUGCUGCCUGCGGUCAUCAACCCGUUCGUGCAAGACACCAAACUCUCCAAAGCAGCUAUAAUUAAAUGUGUCCUCCUGGGGAUCUUCCUGGUCCCUAUUCGCGCUGUCCUUGUGUCCCUGGUUCUGAUGGUGACAUGGCCAGUGGCUUUCAUAAUAACCUUCAACCACCCUUUGAAAGGAGCCGAACCAAUGACAGGAUGGAGACGGAUCAUGUGUCGGCGAGUGAUGGCCGCCCUGGGGAGGGCAUACUACUUCAGCAUGGGCUUCAGAGUGGUGAUCAAGGGCAGGCAAGUGGACAGCAGUGAGGCCCCCAUCCUGGCUGUAGCCCCCCACUCCACCUUUUUCGAUGGGAUAGUGUGCAUCGUUGCAGGCCUGCCCUCCACCGUCUCACGAGUGGAGAACCUGGCUACACCUAUCUUUGGCAGGUUUGUGCGCUGUCUUCAGCCGGUGCUUGUGUCCAGGAAGGACCCCGACUCCAGGAAGAAUACAAUCCAGGAAAUCGAGAGCAGAGCCAAGUCAUUGGGACACUGGCCACAGGUUCUGAUAUUUCCAGAGGGAACAUGUACAAAUCGCUCCUGUCUCAUCACUUUCAAACAAGGUGCCUUUAUCCCAGGGGUCCCUGUGCAGCCUGUGGUUAUGAGAUAUCCCAACAAACUGGACACAGUGUCUUGGACUUGGCAGGGUUUCAGCUCGAAAACUCUGCUGCUGCUAACUCUGAGCCAGCUGUACACCACAGUAGAGAUAGAGUUCCUGCCGACACAUAUCCCCACAGAGGAGGAAAAGAAAUGCCCUCCUCUGUUUGCUAGCAGAGUGCGAGACAAAAUGGCCCAGGCUCUGGGAGUUCCAGUGACCGACCACACGUAUGAAGACUGCCGCCUGAUGAUCUCAGCCGGUGAGCUAACGCUGCCCAUGGAGGCCGGCCUGGUUGAGUUCACCAAAAUUAGCCGUAAACUCAACCUGAAGUGGGACAACGUGAGGAAGGAGCUGGAGGGCUUUGCGUCCAUGGCCACUUCUUGUAAAGGAGGACGGAUAAACAUCGAGGAGUUUGCCUCCUUCCUGAAGCUACCUGUCAACCCGGCCCUCGAGGAGCUGUUCGCACUGUUUGACAGGAACGGAGAUGGCACCAUAGACUUCAGAGAGUACGUCAUCGGCGUGACCAUCUUGUGUCGACCAGCCAACACCGAAGAUGUGCUUCGCAUGGCUUUUAAGCUGUUUGAUACAGACGAGGAUGAGAGAAUCACCCGGGAGGAGUUCACUGCUCUUCUGCGCUCAGCUCUGGGUGUGUCCAACAUAAACAUGGCCAAACUCUUCAAGGAGAUUGAUGCUGACGGCUCUGGUUUCAUCACCUUCAAUGAAUUUCAAAGCUUUGCCAUGAGCCACCCGGAGUACGCCAAGCUCUUCACCACCUACCUGGAGCUUCAGAGAUAUCAAGCAAUCCAGGAGGCGAAUCCAGGCGAGCUGGAGUUGUCCGGUCAGAUUUCAGAUAUACAGGAAGAGAGCGUCUCUGACAAAAAAGAUGACUGAGACUGAGGGAGACUCUCCUUGACUGCACUGAGAGACAAAACACUGUAUCCACUGCACUGAGAAAAUAAACAAGCAUAAUCUGCCCUCUGACUUUUAGCACACUCAUGUCAUUCGCCACAGCAGAGCCAUAUUAUAUAAUAGGUCAUGUGCUUGCCUUUUUAUAGAUGGUUUUUAGAGUGCUUCUAUUUUCAAUUUUAGUGCCUUAUAGAGAUUUCAAAGAAUCACUUCCCCAAGACACUGCACAAAAAUGUCGUAUUGCAGACUUAUCAUCCUUAAAGUUUUAUGUGUGCGUGUGGUUAUCUGUAUAUCAGGAAAAAAACGAAUGAAAAUCUAGUUCUAGAAUAAAAAGAAAAAAGUCCAUGUUGGCACGGAUCAGUGUUCUAACUUUUUAAACCCUGCAAUCUUAUAAUGUUAUUGAAAGUGUUUUAUGAUAUAUUUAACUGUCUCACCCUGUUUUUGACUUAGAUAGCGUUGUGUACCUUCUCCUUUGUCUUUGUGAUCCUCUGUAUACGAGUAAAAAAUAUUGCCAAACCAACACCUUUUUAAAUAUAAGCAAAGAGUCCUUGUUCCUCUGUGUUGCAGUAUAAUUAGUGUACAGUAAGCUUUAUUAAGAUCUUUGCAAUCUGGCAACCCGCAGAUGUUCCGUAUUAAAACUAUGUCUAGGAAGAGCAUACAUGCUGUGCAUUACACUUUUUUUUUCCAGUGCUCAGGGACACAGACCUUGUUUAAUUAGCCAGAGGUUUGCUUUGCAUGUGUAUCUAUUUGCAUUUCUACUGAAGACUGUAGUUGCUGAGACAGCAGCACGUCUACGCAGCUUUAAGUGAACUAAAGCCAACCAACCACUGAAAAUAGGGCAAUUUGUGAGCAAAAAGGAAAUGGUACUUCUCCACAACGGCAUAUCCCAGCGGGGUGUGCUUUCAGAUUAACUAGCGGCACUGUUAUUUAUUUAGCAAGGUGCGUUGCAAUUAUGUGAUUUCUUUUUUGUUAACACAGCAAAGUUUGCUUUUUAAAUAAAACAAGAAUGCAAUUUUAAUAUUGGCUCGGUUUUUAUGUUUACAACAGAGGGAACUUGUAAUGACUUCUGUAGACUUUGCUUAUAAUGAGGCUGUUUACAAUUAAGGGGCUAAAUCUGUACCUUUUUUAGUUCUCUAAACCACCACCAGGUGCCAGUAGUGACCUGCAACAAUUAAUAUGUUGUUGUUCUGCUUGUGAGCGCCUCUUUGAGUUUUAACCCUUUGUCAUUUUGGCCUGUUCUUUAAAUUAAUGGUAGAGCUAACAAUAAAGGAAGUUGGGUUAGGGUUUGUAAUGCACCAUGUAUUAGUAAGGGUUAAAGAUUGUGCAAGUGUGUGUGUGGAAAUGUUACAUUUAAUCAUGAAAAACAAUCAACUGUACAAAAGAAAAAAAUUAGUCUUGAACGUAUGCAUUUCAAGAAAUAUAUUUUAAAAUGGGGUUUAAUUCAUAUAAACCUCAGCAAUAUCUUUACAAAAGGCAUUUGCUCUGACUGUUGUGCUAUAUUUUCUAAUGUUUCACCAUUGCAUUUGUUCAUUUGACCUUUCUGGGCCCCUUUCUGUUUUCAUUACAGCUGAGGAAAUAGACUGAUUCUUGAAAUGGUGCAGUAUGUGUGUGCUAAUGAAACAUUUUAUCUUUAAAGAAACAUCUAAUGGCUAUAAUGAAUGAUAUUUGAAAAACAAUGUACUGUGAUGUGUUGGUUAAGAUUAUGCAAGUUUUGUUUUCAUAUACUAAAAGGCAUGUCAUCACAAAUCACAAUUGUAAAUCACAUGUAAAUAAGUGUACAAAGAAUAAACAUUUUCAUCUGA